AUGGCCGGCAUCAAAGCGCCCAUGCUCGAGACGAUGUACUCGUACUUACAUGACAAUUGGAAACUCAAUACCAAGGACAAGCUGCAGCCUUUGACGUGA